AAUUUAGACCUAACUAACCGUCACAUUGUUCACAACACAGCCUCUUUCCCACUCUCUACAGCAGACAUCCUUCUCCCCCAUUUCACAGCCGACAGCCACCAUCGUCCCUUCUCCUCCAUCCCUUCUUCUCCAACCUUUCUCAGCGGCGCGACCCAGCCACCAUUUUAAUCGAAGCAUCAGCAGGUCGACGGCGUAGGAAAUUGCAGCCCCAUUCAGCGUCCCACCAGCGGCAGGUCGACGGCGAAGGAAAUCGCAGCAGGAGAGAUAAAGGUGAUCAAUUUGCUGUAACCAUAAUGGAAGCCAAGUUUUUUCGCUUUCUUAAGAUAGUGGGUGUUGGAUACAAAGCCAGAGCUGAAGCAGAAGGACGCCUCUUGUUUCUCAAAUUAGGAUACAGUCACGAGGUUGAACUCACAGUUCCUCCUGCUGUUCGUGUCUUCUGCUUCAAGAACAAUGUAGUUUGUUGCACUGGAAUUGACAAGCAAAGGGUGCACCAGUUUGCUGCUUCUGUUCGUAGUUGCAAGCCUCCUGAAGUUUACAAGGGCAAGGGCAUAAUGUACAUUGAUGAAGUGAUCAAGAAGAAACAGGGAAAGAAAUCAAAAUAAUGGGUGCAAUCCUGCAUGAUACUGAGAGGAUAUUAAUUUGCCUAAUCCCAUGGGCAGACCUACAAUUUUUUUUCCUUUGUCCAAGCAGUUAGAAUUCCUAAACUCUGAACUUUGUAAUUUGGUGAUUUAGAAGGCAUUUAGAUUAGCAACUUAAAACAAGGGUUGCAAUAACGUUCCUGUUAUAUAUACUCUUUGUUUAUGUCAUGGCCUGGUUACCAUUGUGCUGGAUGAAUAAUAUUUCCUGAUAUAAAAAUCAUUUAGGUGUGAUCUUUGUUUCA